AUAAAAAACUGACUUGAGGAGAUUAUUUAAAAGAGGGCAUUAUCGUCUCAAAAAAAAACAAUAACAAUCCCUGACAAAGCUAAAAGGAACAAUGGCGGAACCCAAGGAAGAAAAAAUCACAGCCAAUCACAUUCCAUUUCCCAAAACCUCAUAAACCCUCUUACUCACUCACCGAGUCACCAACUCGCUCAACUACUCCAAACCAGCAGAGCAACGACACCGUUUCGCUAUGGCGAGUGACUUUCCGGAACACUUCAAAUGUCCGAUUUCCCUCGAAAUAAUGUCUGACCCAGUCAUCCUAUCUUCCGGUCACACAUUCGAUCGUCCUUCAAUCCAACGAUGGCUAGACGAUGGUCACAGAACUUGUCCAAUUACCAAACUACCCCUCCCUGAUAAUCCUUCCCUUAUUCCCAAUCACGCUCUUCGAAGCUUAAUCUCUAGCUACACACUCUUACCACCGCUGCACCAGAUCAUGUCCCAACCGGAAACCCUAAUUUCGUCUUUAACCGCUUCUUCCUCUUCCUCCGAUUUCAAAAUCGACUCGCUCCGCCAACUCGGUCGACUUUCGAAGCGUGACGCGAACUUCCGCCGCCGUCUUGUUGAUUCCGGUGCCGUCUUCGCCGUUCUCUUCUGUAUCGACUCCGCUUCCGGUGACUCUAAGCUUCAGGAGAAGGCUCUAUCUCUUCUUCUGAACCUUAGUCUCGACGACGACACUAAGAUUGGACUUGUCGCAGAAGGUGCAAUUUCACGCGUUGUUGCUUUUCUCCUCCGUGCAGCUUCGUCUGACUGCCGUGCUUUGGCUGCAACCAUAAUCACGAGCCUUGCGGUUGUGGAGGUGAAUAAAGCGACUAUCGGAGCUUUCCCGGGGGCAAUCGGAGCUCUGGUGGCGAUUCUUCGAGACGGGAAAGGGAGAGAGAGGAAAGAAGCGGCUACUGCGCUUUACGCGCUUUGCUGUUUUCGGGAUAAUCGGAAAAGGGCGGUGGAUUGUGGCGCGGUGCCAAUUCUGAUGAGAUGUGUUGAAUGUGGACUUGAGAGGGGUGUUGAGGUUAUUGGUGUUUUGGCUAAGUGUAAGGAAGGGAGGGAACAGUUGGAGAGUUAUAGUGGUUGUGUGCAGAUUCUGGUUCGUGUGUUGAGGAAUGGAAGCUCAAGAGGGAUUCAGUAUUCACUGUUGGCACUUACUUCAUUAUGUUUGUAUAGCAAGGAAAUGCUUUUGGUUACCCUGCAAGAAGGUGUUUUGGAAAUCUGUGUUGGGUUGUUAGUGGAUGAUAAUGAGAAAGUUAGGAGAAAUUCCUCCAAUUUGAUUAGGAUCCUUCGCGGCAACAACCACCACUGGAUCAGUUGAUGAUGGAAAGGAAGAUGUGUAUUUCUUUCUCCCUUGUGAGGAGGUUAGUUUUUGUUUAUUUGGAUUAUUGGGUCUGUCUUGUUGGGUGGGUCCUUUGUACAAAAUGAAAAGAAGAUCAAAUUUUUGUUGUGAAUGGGAUAGGGUUCUUUUGUAUAUUGAAUAAUGAUGACGGGCUAGCUAGCUCUUUGUUGUUAGCUUAGCUGUGAAAAUGGCAAAGUUGUUAAUUGAUCUUUUGAAUUGUAUUGCUUUAUAGUUAGAAUUUUUUCUCACGGUUUCGAGAAUAUUAGCUGUAUGGGUUAACAUUUUACAUAUUGAUUCCAGUUUCCAUGUGGUUUAUAAUGUA